UGUAAACGUCCAAUACUAUGUUUUUAAUUUUCCUUUGUUUAAAUGGGUUUGUUACAUUUUAUAUACAAUUUAGAAACAUGCAAUCAGAUUCUGGAGAAUCAAAAGAAAAUGUGCAGGUACCUUGUUCGCCUGGAAAGGCGAAUAGAUGGUAUGGAAGGGCAAAACCAGGUACCAGUUGACAAAAGGCCUCUGGUUCAAAUUGACAACAGGGAAGAACUUGAGCUUUGUGAGGAACGUUUGGGAAAUCCUGAAGACUUCACGGCAAUGAAACAACAAAUAUCACAAAUUGGCGGGGUGGACUACAGAGAUGCUGUACGUCUCGCAAUGAAUAGGAUCUUCACCACUACAUUCAUGGCGCAAGCCAAUUUAAAAGGCAAGAAAGACAAAGUCCCGCUGGAAGGGAAAUUAAUUUAUAGAAUUAUAGUAGAAUCUGUCAACGAGCGUUUUAAAGAUGCGAACGAACAAGAGAUGAGACGCAUAAUUGGAACCAAACUUCGAAACGCUCCCAGUCAAAGGAUCAGGGACAUAAGGGGUACCUUAAAUGUAUAAAUUUCCAAAAAACAAAUAAAAAGCCCUUUCGACUUACCUCA